GCUGUGUAAAGUGGCGUGUCCGGUCCAACUGUAGUGUUAUAGUUCCUGUAUAGUGUUCUCUUUUACUGCUACGGGAAAUGUAGAUGAAAUCUUUCUUUGUUAACGAAAAAAAAAUUGCCUUGUUGUCAGUGCAGUCAGAUAUGCGAGGAUGUCUGUUCUGUAGUUAUGUCCACUAAAGUGUAUAGUGUUAUAGUUCGUUACUUUAAGUGAAAAGGGAAUAAAAAUGUAAGAAUCUUUCUCAAAAACUACAACAAAUACUUUAGUUGUGAAUUCAGUCAGUCUGAAAUGCAGAAAAGGCUGCAUUGUGGGAAAUAUUGUUGAUUCUCCUGAAUUUCUUGAAAAAAAUGGACAAUAGGUAACUGACAUGUAGUACCUAGCAGGCUCCCUGCCAACCUAAUAAUUAUACGAUGACGACAUCACCACCACCAUCCCCAACAACAACAGCAACAACCUGUAAUUGUUGUUGGAGAUGGAGGAGAAACGCCAUCAUCUUCGUAACCUCUUUCCUCGCUUUGCAAUGGAGCCUCCGCCUCUGGCUCUCUCCUUCCCUCUUUGCCGAAUCUUCCAGAGCGCCAAAACCCUUUUCUGCUUGGACCACUUCGAGGAACCUUCUGGAUGACGCUCCUCCUCCUCAUGAGGGGAACGUGUCCUUAGGAGAUUUGGUCGUGAGCGGUUCGCAUCUCGACUCCGACGGGCAGAGGGAGUUUCUCAAGGCCUGGAAAGCGACGAUGGACGAACGGAUACGACGGGUGCGACAAGGCUGCGACAAAUAUGGCCUGAUUCUCAAGAGGUUCAACAAUCACAUGAGGCUGCUGUUCGAUACCAAGCAUCAUAUAGCUUACUGCAAGAAUGCCAAGGCAGGUACGACCACGUGGCUGAGCGAUUUGCUCGCCGCUGGAGGAGUUAACACAACGGGACUGACACCGGAAGAUAUUCACGUAGAGGCGAAAAGGGCGUUUCCUCCUCUCCCUCCGAAGGUGGCAGCCGAGGAGAUGGACAGCCUCUCUCUUCUGUUCACUGUUGUCAGACAUCCGUUCACUAGAUUAGUAUCCGCCUACAGGGACAAAAUACCCGAAAACUACAGAGCGGACCUCCAGGUAAAGAUGAUUAACCAUUACAGAACAGAAACCAAGGAAGGACAAACUAAGCAAGAAAACUCACAGCCAACAGAAGUAGACCCAUCUCUGCCCACAUUUCGGGAGUUUGCCCUCUUCGUGAGCGACGAAAUCGUCUCCUGCAAACCAUACGUCAAUUCGGCUUGUCUGGAGCGAAUAGACGCCCACUGGAGGCCCAUCUACGACAGGUGCGCUCCCUGUGACCUUCGGUAUGACGUCAUUGCCAAGGUGGAAACAUUCCACGAAGACCAGAGAUACAUCAGGGCGAUAACUGGUCUCUCAGGCCAGUCGGCUAAAGAAGGACCGAACGGUGGUCUUCCUCCUCACGCCCACGCCCACGCGAGCUCAGGACCUUCGUCUGCAGAGCUCACCAAAAAGUAUUUUUCGAGUCUGAAUGAAGAGGAGAAACUGAGAGUUUAUAAGGCCUACUUCUUUGACUUCUAUCUCUUUGGUUACUCUCCAGAUGUCAUCGUUUGACAUCGUAUAAUUUAAAAAAAAGUAUUUGUUAUAAAAUACUCGCUGUACGAUGAAGGUAGGCCUCUUUUAUCUGUGACAGAUGAGAUGCAUACUGAUGUAGUAUUUGUUUUAAAAUACCAUUUAUGCAAGGUAACCAACUAAGGUGUUGUAAAGUAUCAAAUAAUUUAAAUUAAGUGAGUGCCGUAUUCAUUUAAUUUCCUACUAGUGUAUCAUCUCUUAUCCCUAUUCAGUGUAGACCCAUAAGAUUCUGUAGUAUACGAAUGAU